CCAUGCAGUCGGUGAGGAGAGGGGAGUUAAAACUAGGGCACAGACGACUGGCCUCCUUCUUUCCCCUGAAACCAGAGGCACAGUUCCAUCCGAGAGACAGAGAAGAGAGCGCAGGCUGAGGUGGAGACAGACAAGACCACUGUUUGGGGAUUUUUGUCUGUGAGAAGACCGUUUUUGGGCGUGCGCGCGAAGCAAAGGGACCUUGGGCGCUUUCCGUUUCGGUUCGUUUUCCCCCCCCCGCCAAAAGGAAGGAAACCCCUUCAGAUCCACGUUUUUCAUUCGCACCCGUCGCAGUCAUGCUCAAGCGCACAAAGGUGAAGAUCGCCAUCUUUGUGCUGGUGGUGGGGAUGGCCUCCAUGUUCACGGCGGUGGUGACGGACCACUGGGCGGUGCUGAGUCCCAAAGUGGAGAGCGUCAACACCACCUGCGAGGCGGCCCACUUUGGCCUGUGGAGGCUUUGUAAGAAGCUCAUCUACAUGAGCGAGGAGAACUACAAGGGGAAGGGCUGCGGACCGAUCAGUCUUCCUGGAGUGGAGAACUGUACAUACUUCAAACAUUUCACCCCAGGAGAAGAGGCUGAGAUUUUUGAAGUCAAAACCCAGAAAGAGUACAACAUCUCUGCAGCCGCAAUCUCCAUCUUCAGCCUGGCCUUCAUGAUCCUGGGGACGUUGUGUCUGGUGGGGUCGUUCAUGGGCAAAGGGCGAGACUACCUCCUCAAGCCUGCUGGGAUGUUCUUUGCAUUUGCAGGACUCUGCUCCAUCAUCUCGGUGGAGGUGAUGCGUCAGUCCGUCAAGCGCAUGAUUGAGAGUGAGGACACCAUCUGGAUCGAGUACUCCUACGCCUGGUCUUUCGCGUGUGCCUGUGCUGGCUUUGUCCUCCUCUUCCUCACCGGCAUCGCCCUUCUCCUCCUCUCGAUGCCCCAUAUGCCUCAGAACCCCUGGGAGACCUGCAUGGACGCCGAACCAGAACAGGUGGAGUGACGGAAGAGGAAGGACGCAAGGGAAGAGCAACGCUUUUUUCGAGGAGCGACAUGAACGUCGAUAUUUUUACAAGUCACAUCCACUAAAGGUUAGGCAAAUGAGUUGGAAAGCUCUUAUGGUUCAGGGUCACCACUCGAAUGUUAUCAUGUACAAGCACCUGCUCACAAUUUUUUCUUGAUGAGAUUAAAAGUAAGGAACUUAAGAUGUCACUAUUGACAUAAGUUUGAUUACAAAAAAAAUCUUCAGUGUUCUGUACAUUUCUAAUAAUCAACAUCAUUUUAAACUGACCACUCUUAAGUGGACUCUUCACUUUGAGUAAGAUCAUGCAUGGGUGUCAUAAUGAGAUGUCCAUCCCAACCAAUGGGCUGUGUGGUAGGAGAUGAAGAAGACAGUGCAGGCUUGUUUGUAUGGUGUGUGCCCCCCAAAGCCUAUCCAGAAUGUUAAAUACUCCUUCUGUCUAAACCAUUGAGUGCCAUGCUGGAAAGGGUUCAGUUCUAGCAGGUGCACACACAAUCCAGUUCAAAGGAUUUCUUAGAAUUUUGGUGGCUUCAUGUGUUAUGGGGUAACCAAAGAAGUACUGAAAGUUCAUCGCUUAGAUGACUUAUUCUGUUUCAAUGUUUCAAUCACUCAAGAACCUUUCAGUGUUGGAUUGUGUGUGCCUGCAAUUUAACAGUAGAGCUUUCAUCACCUGAAAUAACCCACUGCAAUUAUUUUUCUCAAAAUUCUUACUGUGAUAAAAUGUAUGAGGUUGUUAUGUCUACAGUAUGGAUAACUUUAACAUCCUUGUCUUUUCAAGAUUGUAUCACCUCAGAUUACAUACACUGGAUGUCAAUAACGACUGAAUGUAUACCAUUCUAACUAGGUGUCUAUGGAUAUACAACAUGGAAAAUGGAUGUAAUUACCCUUUGGGUACAUUUAUAUGUUAUAAUCUACAACUUUUUUGUAUUUCUUAGAACUAUUAGUCUAGGAAUCUUUUGAUAUAUUGAAAUGUACAUUGCUUACAUUUAAAAUUAACCUCACAAGUUCUUAUGCCCCUUUCCUCAUGUGAUUUGAAAUGGAACUGAUAAGGUGAAUAAAAGAGUUUUGUCAAUGUGA